CCGCUUUUGUCUUGUCUGAGGAGGGGAUUGGAGGAGGGGCGGAGACGGCGGAGGGAAGGUGGGGCUCCUCGCCGGUGAUUAGCGGCAGGUCGGCCAGUCGGAGCUGGGGCGCGGCGGGUCCCCAGCAAGGAGCGCUUGAAUGCGGGAGGUGUACUUCACAGGGACGGCCACAAGUACGGGAGAUGUUGGUCUGGAGAGGAGCUCGGCGGAUAGUAGCUCUCCCGUCGUGCUCGCCACCAGCGCCCGUCGAUGGGGGAGGUAGUAGUCGCCGGAGGCGGUGGGGGGCAAGUCUCUCUUCUUUCCAGAACUGAUAGUUGGAAGUUCAUCUUAGCUAUACACGGGCAUCAAGGACCAAGUGUAGUAUCUGCAACCCAGUGCAGGAUUCAAUAUUUGUACCCGAACUAUUCAGGUUUAAGUUUUAGCAGUGUAGUAUUUGUACCCAAGUUCUUCAGGUUUCAGUUUCUUUAACAAGGAGCAGCUUGUGGAGGUCCAUGGCGCGUGGCGAGGCGCUCGCAAGCAGCGCUUGUAUUCGUGAGGGUUUGUUCCCUACAACGGUGGGGGGAAGCAGAGAUGCAGGUAUGGAGAGGAGCUCAGCGGAGCUGUCCCGUCGGGCUCGCCAUCAGCCAGCAGCCGUUGUGGGGUGUGUGGAGGUGGUAGUCAUCGGCACCGCUCGAGCGGUAGGUAUUGUUGUGUGUGAUUUUCUACUUCCUGCUUUCCACCUCUGGUUAUAGGUUGUGCCAGCUUGGGCGGGUGCGUCGGGGAGGGUGGUCUCAGAUUCAUUCCGCUCGAUUAUGUUUUGUAAUUUCCCUGAAUUUUUUGCGUUCAGUAUCUGCUACUCUCGAUCAGUAUCUGCUACUCUCGAUCAGUUCAUGUGGUUGAUUUAGUUCAAUUUUUAACUGGCCCUGAAUAUGUGCAUUUAGUAUUCUCUAAUUCUCCAUUUAGUUCAUGCACUUGAUUAAUUCAGCAAAACGGUCAUUGUACAUGUGUGUUCAGCAACUAGUGAUUCAUUGAUUUGUAGAGUCCUCUCUAUAUGUUCUGGUUCAGUAUAUAUCGCCAUGUUUACAUGGCUCAAGUGUUUUUUGCUUUGUCUUGGUUGAGGAGUGGCAAGUAAUUCCCCCUGGACUAAUAUAAUGACAACUAUGUUUUUAGCCACUCUUUUUUUGUAUGGUACCACAAAAUAGAAGAUGGUUUGUGAUUUUAGUCCUUAGUCCUCAGUACAAGUGUGAGACCUUCUGUUAAAUUGUUCAAUGUUCAUUAUUUCAUUUUCAGUGUUAGUAUUCAUUAUUUAGUAUAAGUGUUCGGUCAGUUACCAGAACUUCAGUUUUAAGCUUGUCUCCAUUGUUUAGUAUAAGUGUCCAGACCUCCUUCAUUGUUUUGUUUUUUUAGUAUCAUUUCAGUUCAUUUUAUAAUUGUUUAUCUUAUUUAUUCAUUUUAUCAUUCAGUGAUCAUAGUUUCUUUCAUCGGUCAUUAUUAGGUAGGCUAGUUAUCAUAAGUAUCAGUUCCUUCAGUUAUCAUAUCAGUGUUUCUCUUAUUCUUGUUUUUCUAGUCUUCUCAUUCUUCAUUCAUAUCAAAUUAUUAUUUUCCAGUCACUUCUCAGUCUUGUGUUUCAGUUAUCAGUGUCUCAUUUUUUGUGAUUCAGAUUUUCUUUGUGUUAGUUGUCGUCAGUCUUGAGACAUUGUAUUGGUAGAAUUAGUCCUUAAUUUUUUGUUUUCCACUCUUACUCAUUCCUUUUAGUUAUCUCUGUCUUUCAUCCCUUAGUCUUCAGUUAUCAUUCCUGCUGUAGAUUUAAUUAUUCUUCAGUUCCAUCCAUGUUCAUUAUCUUGAUAUUGAUCAUUCUUUUGCUGUUAGAUAACUAAUAUUUAGUGCAACCCCUUCACCAAGUAAAAACUGGCAUGAUCAGAUUUGUCUAUGACCUUAGUUUGUCCUCAGUCAUCUUCAUUGCAACUUUUGUAUUUGUUAAACAUUUGAUUUCGCAUCAGUUUUGUCUAUGACCUUAGUUUUGUCAUCUUCAUCAUUCUAUCUACACAACUUGCUCAUUUUUAUUUCUUCAUUCUUUUUGGUUAGUUUCGAAAGUGAUAUUAGCUACCAAGUUGUCAUCAUGUGGAUGCCCUUUUAAGGUAGCCUCCAGCUUGCGGACCACCCCGACGGUAGGCAUGGCAGGAAUAUGCCUUGGGGGAUGGAUUGUAAGCACUGCCGCGUACAAGACAGUAGCAGAUGGUCGUAUCGCUUUUCAACAAGGAUUUCUGGGAGGAAUUCCUGGAGGAGAACUACCUAGCAUUGACAGAGCGUUGCUAAUCACCAUCAGGAACAGUGCACUAGACGAACUGAACAUGAUGGUUGUCUUCAACGAGAUCUAAUUAUGAGAUUGUCAGGAAUAAGCGAAAAUCUGCUUCUGUGCUCGGGCUCAGCUGAUCCCGCAAUCCACACCGAUCGGUUUGCAUUAGGAUUUGUGCGUCUGUCGGUAUUUUCUGUCGUAUGUCUCUUUCUCUGGAGUGGAGCACCGUAAGCAUUUAUUGCGACAGAGCGUUUCGCUGCCGUUGCGGGACAGAGAGAGGCUCGAGGGCUCGUUUUCUUAUCUGUGCUAACGUCGUCCUGGGACAGCUAUACCAUUGAUGGCUCGCCACUUUAUCUGAGCCACCAUGAGCCGUAUGGGCUAACUUCUCCUAUCGACGGCGUCAACACGACUGCAAACAUAAAAUGCAUUCCCAUGCUCACAGCCCAUCUGCCCAUCGCUCUCAUUAACUUCCCCAUCUCCCUCCAACAUCUCUUUUGCUCUCCCAUAUCCUCCUCCGUCCUCGUCUCCGGCGACAUGUCCGCUUCAUCUUCAUCAUCUCUCCUCGUCCCGGCGGACUGGCUGCUACCCCUGAUGGCAUGUCCACUCUGCGGCCACGAGUUAGUGACAGCCGUCGCAAGGAGUGGGAACAACGUUGGGCAUCGAUUCUACAAGUGCAUUCGCUACGAUUCAAGGCAGUGCCGUUUCUUCGAGUUCCAGCGUGCGUACUGCAUGAGGAUGACUCAUGAGCAGAUCCUGGCUGUGCAGCACCAGGCCGGAUGGCACCCACCCGGGUUUGGAUUUGCGCCCCAGCAGGGCAAUGGUCCUUCUCAGAUGGUUCCUGCUGCCAUCCAGCCCCAGAUCCAGGCGCAAUUGCAGCCGCAGAUGCAGCCGCAGACGCAGCCUCAGAUCCAGGCUCCGAUGCAGCAGCUUCCCCCGGCGGGCAACAAUAUGAUAGCUGACGCUGGAAGGCCUGCUGCCGGAGUCGGAGCAGCUUAUGGAGCACAAGGCCUAGCUGCAGUUGUCGUUCUUAUGGCUGCAGUGAACAUCAUGCUAACUGUUCUGCUGUUGAUGGUUGUGUUAGCUAAGUAAUUUCCAUAGGUAUUCUAGGGCACUCCUUUAUUAAUAGCACUAUGCAAGUUCUAACUAUUUUAGUGUAACCAAGGGUGGCUCCCUUUACCGCUAAGCCUAUUUAAGACGACGACCCAGGUUUAGAGCUGUUGUGCUAUUCGACAACCAACUAUGUAAUGCUUUAUCAGACCUUACUUAA